AUGGCCCUUGGAGGGUCACUGCUUCUGGUUGCGGCGUUCGUAUUCCCUUUCUUUGACAUAUCGAGUCCCAUACAUGACUACUUUCCUGCCCGUGAAUGGGCUGUUCGACUGCCGGCAUUCAUCCUCGUUAUUGGGCUCUCGGGGGUCGGUUUCUUCGUGGGCCUUACUAUCGCAAAGGAAAAGAAGAAAAAGGCUAUGAAAGCAAAGCUUCGAGCAGCCUGA